GCAACGCUCUGUUGGGGCUUGCCCUACUACGGAGGUAGGGCCCUGUGCUUGUGAUGUCUCUUCCUCCUACCCGCCGAAGAAGCUUCAUUACGCUGCCACCCGCUUUGGAGGAGGGGACACGGGCGCUGUCGACACAUCGGAGUUUUGCAGCCCCCACCCGAAAUAGUCAAGAUGUGGGAACACAGCCGCAGCAGCCACUCCAGCAGCAGGAUCAGCAGCAGCAGCAGCAGCAGCAGCAGCAACAACACCGCGAGCAGCCAAGACUUCUGACUGCACGACAUGUGCUUGUAGCAGCUGCCUUGUUUGUGCUGGUCUUCAUUGCAGGAUCCCGCUCGUGCGUCGGCAGCAGCUGUGCUCCUUGCAGUGGGAGGGACGGAGUGGGGCUCACGGUACAUGCAACAACCAACGGCAACGCUGCCGGCUUGCCUCCAGACCCCCGACAUCGACCAUACUAUGACCUAGUUGUGGCGGUGCUGGCUUUGGGUGGAGAGUCCAAGGAAGCUCAGGAGGAGAUCGCGAGAGUGCGAAAGGUAUACGCGAGAUACGGCUCGGAGGUUGUUCCUGAUGGGUCUGAGGGACCGCCGUUGACGUUUCGAGUCGUGUUUGUCGUCGGCAGGGCGGGGUUGCUCGACGAUAACGAGCUGCCGAAGGCGGGGUUGCUACGGGGAGACUUCUAUCACGUGGACGUCCGAGAGGGAUACGCCCACUUGAGCGAUAAGACCAAGGCCAUGGCAGGACUUGCAGAGCAUCUCCGGUUUCGUUUUUUGGCCAAGACGGACGGGGAUACGUUUCCGUGCCUCGCGCGCGUGACGAAGCAGCUGGUAGACUUGCCCGGGGAGCAGCAGCCGAAAGUCUACGCUGGGAUGUUGAACAAGUGUGGUACGGUUUUCCCGAAGGGGCACAAGCUGUACGACCCGGAAUUCUUGGCUGCAACUGGGGGCACCAUCGACUGCCAUCCCAUGUACCACCAGGGAGCGUUCUAUAUUCUCGGGGUGGACAUUGUAAAUUUCUUGAACAAGAGCAGGGACAUGCUCUCGGUGAUGUCCGUGGAGGACGCUAUGAUGGGGCUGUGGCUGCUUGGUGUCGACAAGGUCAUGCUUGACAUCGGUGGAAGCUUCUACUGCAAGUGCUUCACCCACCCGGUGCCGCGAAAUAAGUUGUCAUUUUACCACUUUUGUAAGACGGACGAAAAAAUGGACGUCUGCUUGCGCGAAUUCGGUGCUUGUUGACGUUUUGUUUUGUUUUCAAGCAAAACCUUUGUGAAACGUGAACAGUCCUGAUUGUAGACUUAUUGUCCGGAUCACUGUGUUCGUAUGCCGUUACUAUGAAGAUGGAUGUCGAUUGUUGUAUGCAAGACUCGGGUCUGCUAUUUUUGUUUCAGCUACAAGAUGCCUCAAGUACCGUGUCACUCUUCGGACUGAAAGACAGGAUAUGUAACCUCAUUUUAUAUUCCCUGCCUGGGUGGAGCCAGCGAUGAACCUUGUUCGAAGGGCAAGAAUGUAAGAGAAGUAGGUUGGGUUAAGAGUUGGAAAGUGAUCGAUGUCGUGCUUCAGCCACGCUGUUUCGGAACCAUGGCCGUGCUGUUGCUGUUAUGUUGUUGGUUUACCUGUGCACUCAUGGACAACCUCCGUUUUUGUUUGGGUUACGUACCUUGCAGCGCGCGGAAUUUGUCAGUACUUCUGGUGGCCAACAGGUGGAUAGUGUAGAACAGUUGAUGACUAAGUGCCGUACAUGCGAAUAGCGUUUGCUAGAGGACCACAGCAGCACAGCAGUGGGCACUGUCUACCUUUUUUUGUUCCGUUAUUUCUCGGUCAGCACGGUGCUGUCAUCACCCAGUGGAUGCUCUCUUCGAUAAGUGUUUUGAAACUGUAAAUACGUGUCGAGGCUGGUGUGGAGUGGUGUAAAAUUCAGUGGUCGUGGUGCGGUGCAUGCCCGGGUGGUGUCCCCUCUAGGUCGAAUGAUAUCACACUAUCGAGCUGUUGCGGCGGUGUUCCCUCGUGAUUUGCGUUCAUAUCAAGACAGGUAGAGCGGUUCUUGCCUUGAUUAUUGGCGCGAGAACUACUGCUGUACGUAUAUUGUUGCCGAUCCUUUCCCUCGCCGACCGUGGACGAAUGUUGUGUGCACACGAAGUAUGAUUUCGCGUUCGCUUGGGCUUCGGAUUGGGGUCAGUGGCGGUUCAAACAUAGAUUGCCAUUGUCGUGACCGCCAUUCUUUCCAAUACUGCUGUGGAGGAACCACUUUUCAAAUCGGUCCAGGGGGUGUGGUAUCUUGAGUCACCUACGGGUUGCGCCAGCCAAGCUUGCGUCACCUGCAAUUUUAGUUUCGUAUGCGUCAGUUGGACCAGUACGGACAUUGGAAGGCUGAGUGGAGACCGGAACGGGUUUUUGAUGUGAACAACAACGACAAAAACGCGUGCUGCUGUACUUAUGUAGCAUACCAAUAAAGUUUUUGCGGGGUGCCACUUUCUGAGUCUCAACACACAGACCUACCAACACCAACACUACUAUAGCCCCACAGAGCACAUUGGUGAUUGCUAUUGAUCCCCCAUUUUUUCCCGCAAUUCCUGUCAAUCCACCAACGGAAAUCCAUCAGGUUGCAGAAAGAUAUUUCAAAAACAACUGGUCGAUUUUCAAACCUAGAGUACUUUGCUGCAAACUCAGGGAUGGUGCCGACAACGGCGUCGCUGGAACCGUCUCGCUGAGAGCUUUUCGAGAGAGUAUCGCUUGGUUUUCGCGUCUUCGUCGUGGAGCAAUCGAGCUUUGAAAAUCGGUCCAAGGGGUGUGGUAUCUUACAUACCGCACUGAGAUAUCCCCCCAGGGAGCUCCGCAAUUUCAUUGCUCAAACCGUAAGGGCGCCGCUAAUGUACCGGAAGGGUUUUGUCCCGUGCCCAUCCUUCUUAACUUAUCCCUCCUGUGCAUGUCCGACUCGCUGGAUGACCUACUGAGUUCGUGCUCCCUCGCGUCAAGAGCCAUCCGGUUGUUGACGGCUGAGACGAAAAGACGGGCGAUUUUUCUCCGCGCAUGCUGCUCACAAUACGAGGUAGCUUUGGAACGGCUCUCGGAGGCGCGCCUCGAUUCCCUGCAGCAGGACUCGCGACUGCAGGAUGAACAACAUGAACUGCCUCCCCGACAGCGCCAAUCGUUGACUGAACCCGACCGGCGGCGAAAAGCUGGGCAGAGCCGCUUUGACUGUCGACAAGGCUCGAAGGCGGCAGGUUGCUGCGUAGCUUCAGCCACCACUGAUGGACAAGCGAGGUGCCGGAGCGCCUCGUCGGAAACACGCACCGCACUUGACACAGCGACAACGCAAGCCGCCAUUUCGGAGAUCUCGCGAUCUCCGAGGAAUCGACGUGAGGUGUCGACAAACGACUCCGCUGUUUCGCAAGAGUCGUCGCCCAUGACAAAGUCUCUGGAGGAAAUCCUGGAGCAAGCUCGCAGCAUUCGGACCAGUAACGUCUCGACGACGGUGCCUGCUGGGCUCAACGACGCGACGGGUGCCAAGCGAGCGGAGAUCCCUAGCAGCGGCAGCAGCAGCGUACGUGGAGGGUACCUCAAGGCGGCAAGAUCGGUGACAGGGAAGGCGCGGUUAACCGCUUCAUCCAGCAGUGGUUGUAGGGCAGGGGUAGCUCCGGGCGCAAGAACCAAGAGAGCGAACUCUGUCUCCGGGCGACCUUUAGGCCAUACAGAAACUGGAACUAUCAGGAAGGCCACUUCACCUACGGUGGCCACCCGUGACAACGAACGACGGGGGAACGCUUCUUGCCGAAGUGGAAAUGAAUCGGGCUUUAGCCAUACUGGGGCGAACCGAUCCCAUGUCACUUGUUCCCAACGUUCCGCCACACAAUCCGAGUGUUUGGAACAGCUUGAAGAGCAGGCUCAGGUCUCGGAAAUAUCUGAGGCUACUGUGAACGAGGUUGCGGUAGAAAUUGCUGCAAAUCUUGAGAGUGGGAUGUGGGAGGAGAUAGAUUGCUAUGAAGCAGCAAGAGCAAGGUUUUUGGGACGAGACGAUGGAAGCAGCGGCAGCAGCGGUGGUGACGACGGCAGCAUGGGAGGCAGCUCGCGUGCUGUGUUCGAGGCCGCUGAGGAAUCACUUCUGCGCGAUCUCGAUGCACCAGGCUCAGACGGUUCCUGCGCCGAUGGUUACCCUCAUGCACGAGGUAGCCCUCUGCCAGACCCACUUUUUUUUCGUUGGCGAGAGAUGCUUCGGGUCCGACAAGCACCUCGUUAUGAUGCAACACCUCGCCAAGACGUCUGCCACGGCCAAGACCUGCUUGGCAGCGACAACGCUGGGUGUACCGAUCUACGUUGUCCAGAGCGCAGCGAAGGCUGUGCUGCGGGCGCUGGGGAAGCACAAGGGCAAUGCGAUGUCGGAAGGUUGAGAGAAAUACAACUGCUGCAACGGUCACUUUUGAUGCUGCUGGAUGAAGCCGAGGGGAAGAGGGAAGUGUUCGCCCAAGAGGAGCGGAGGCGAGCGGGGUACACGGGCGUGGAGACUUGGAGAGGGAGGGAUACUCGGCAACGUGAAGAGCGCAGCGACGAGGGAGGCAUGAGUCGACUGUUGCAAGAAUUCGAAGACUGGUACUGCCGGAACAAGACUGGGCACGUUACCGGCUUGAUACGGGAGACUUUGGAUGCGAUGACACAUGACUCUUGCAGCUAUGCCGACUUGUCAACACUGUCCGAGGAAGCCAAAGCCCUCGUUGCGAACCCAUCGCUUGUGCUGACGGGAGAGAAUCCUCUCUGCACCUUUCCGGGACCGUUUGAUGGCUGUGCUGGGUGGAAAGAUUGGCAACAUGCCAACGGGGUCCAAGCCUUGCGUAAUACUGCGUGUUUCGCUCUGGUUGAAGAGCUGCAGUGUCGCGCGCCUUCUUGCUGGCCCCAUGAUAGCGACUCCGCGCUAGGACACACAGCAGAGCUCUUCGCGCGACAACUACGGACCAACUCCGUUCUUGCUGCGGAAACGGACAUUUCCCGCCUUGUUGUCCCCGCCCUGGCGCGUGAGCUAUCGCAUGCAUGCCGCCGUCAACGAUCUGCUGAAAAGCCACCUGUAAUACCUGCAAUGGAAGUACAGCAGCAGCAGCAGCAGCGGCAGGUUCGGAUAGACGACGCCCAAGGCAGAUUCAAGACUGGCCGUAGCGAACGGCACGGCAUUAAUCCGGAGUCUUUGCGCGAAGCGGUUCCAAAAUGGCGCGUGCCCGCUGGGGAGGAGCGGAGAUGUGGUCUCACCUCCGACGAAGCGAGGGACGACGCGCAUUGGGCCCUUGUACUGGCCGUUUUCCGGGCGGUGGAUUCUAUUCUAAGCGGUGGCGGGAGGCCGAGGCUGAGCUUCGUACGCCGCAGUGCUACUGCUUGCUGGGAUAAUUGGAAGUGAGCCUGUCCAUGGCGUUUUGUCGUCUAUAUAGCUUAAAAAUUCGGUUUGUGGCCAACACAUGUAACCGAAGAACGGUCGUUCUGCGUUUGUCAUCUUCUAGUUUGCUUUGGCUCGUGCUGCUGUGCAUUCCAGAGCCGUCUAUUUCAAAUUCGUGCGUCCUGCUGUUUUUGCUGAGAUGCAUCACAUAAGAGAUUGGGUCUGCGUUUGGAAUUCAUUUCGGCAAUGCCGAUUUUGCUGGGUACACUGUCCACGGUCAGGAAGCGCCGAGGUGUGUUUUCACGUCUGGAAGUUCCGACGCACACAAAAAGCGAACGCGCACGAUUUUCUGCUGUAGGCAAUGAUGACCUGAUCUAUUGUACCCCCUCGGGAAUUUCGCGCCCAUGGCGACAUCCCUAAUUUUUUUUCUCCAUCUGACGCUCAGAAUUUCUUCAAGAACUGCCGAAGAGGUUCUUACUUUGUCGUCGUUAUCGAACCUCGGCUACUACACGAGAGCGACAUUUUAUUGCGCGGAGUCCGCCGGCCAGCUGCGCGUGCGUGUGUUUGUUGGAUCGUUAUUGGUAGCUAUCGGCCAAACUUUGCAAACCUGUUUGCUGAGUACACUGCAGGCGUUGCUUGCCCGAGGAUCGCUGGUGUUCAGCCUUCAGCGCGGAAAAACUCAGCAAAAACACUUGAACGAACGCGAAGACAAUUUUUUUCGAUGGCUUGCAGUCAUGUGUCGGGAAAACAAGCGAACAACAGAGCAUCCCAUCGCUAUCGACAAUCGAUCACCCAGUUUUUCAUGUACCCGUUGAUCGAGCAAGUCAGCUCGUGUGUCUACCCGCUGCUGACGGGCUACUGGAUACAUCCGUUGUUGAUGCUCCGUAACUAUUGCAUGCAGUCUAGGCGUUCGGCGAUGCGCGCCCACCCCAUAGAAAAGAUUGUGAGAGGAGCGGUGCUACAAUAUGUUGUCGCCAGAACCUCACUAUUUCUGUGCGUAUCGAAUGUGGUGGCGUGGUGUAGCCUACUCUAAAAUAGUCGUUCGAGACACAACCACCAUGUCGAUCCUAACGUAGUUGGCACUGGCCCCCCCAAAGCACAGGAAAGAAGGUUGGUUGUGUCGAGGAAACUGUUACAACGUAGUCAGGCACAGUUUACCAUAGGUGCGACUGCGGCAACCAGCCUUCCGUAGAAAUAAUACAGGAAGAGAUGGUCAGCAGAGAACAUGAGCACAGAGUUGUAGCGGAGAUAAUUUGGCAGGCGAGACUGUAGUUGUUUUAUUGUUCCGAACCCCGAAAUUCCGGUACUGGGGCCAUUACCCCGGAGACCCUCGGAACCUGCUGUGUUUUUCUGCUUGUUUUUUGUUUUGUUUUGUUGUUAAGAUGAGACACAAGCGCGCCUUCGCCCCUUUGUGCUCACCCUCACCUAUCACCCAUCAAAGCCUGACCAGGGAGUCAGUUGAUAAAAUCAUCUAUCUACAUUUCUCAUUCCAACGCUCGCUCGGGCCUACCGAUCUCACAGCAGUGUAGGCCAACCUCUGUAAUAGCGCGGUGACAGCAGUGUAACCUCUAUGGUAGACUACAAAGUCUACGAGCUACAGCAGCACCGCCACCUCCGCUGCUGCAGGACGCCACAUUUUG